AGGCUGGGGGUCGUGGAGGAGCAGCCCUGGGUGCUGUGAGGCUAAAGCUGCCGCUGCCGUGCCCGUGAGAUGCAGCGCAGGGCCUGGGCGCUGCAGCUCUGCAUGGAGAAGGAUGUUGGGUCCCCACCUGUGCCUCAGUUUCCCCAGCCGGUCCUGCCCUCCUUCCGUCUCGCGCCCGCUUCCUGCCACCCGUAGACAUCUGGGGACACGCUUUGUGCCACCACGGCCAUGGCUGUAGAUUUUGAGGUGCGUUAAUGUGACAGAUGGGCAGCGGGCGAGCGAGGCUGGGUCACAGCCAUGUGCCACCGUCCCAGCGGGGACCUUGCCACUCCUGCCCUGUGCAGGCAUCGUUUCGAUGCGCUCAGAGCUCCUGGCCCUCCCCUGGGGGCUUGCAGCCCCUCGCGAAGCACUCCGAGGCUGCUGCUAGCCCUGGGGAUGCUUGCGGGGCUGGGGUCCGUGUCGGUCUGGUUUCUCCCUGCCGCAGGAUCCCGGCCGUGGCCUGGUUUCUGUUCCAAAUGGAGGUCACCUCCCGGCAGCUUCCUCACCUGGUGAGCUGGGGAAGGCGCUGAGGAGGCUCUGAUUGUGCGUUAAUCUCUCCGUUCCUGUGUGGCCGCUCGGUUCAGGCUCCCCUGGCCAUUGUGCACAGACGUGAGGGUUUAUUUGGUUGCUCCAAGCUUGGGUGCAAAGAAAAUACCCGUACAUGGUGUGUUUGACAACAGCACGGGCUUCAUUUAUCGAUGUGUGAUACCUGGGAGAGAGGAAUCCGCAUGCUCAGAGCCUGCGAGAGGCUGCGCGUCCCCUUGGCUGUCCCCUCCCCGAGGAGCCCUCCUUUACGUUUCGCUGGGGCCUCUUAAAUGCCUACCCCUAAACAUGCCCCUGCCGAGGUCUGCUGGGCUGGUUUCAUGCCUGUUUAUGUCAGGCUAUUACGUUGUUGUCAUUUUCUUGCCGUCCCCAUUCAGAUGUUUUCUAUUAACCAAAGAUGGAUUUAGAAUUAAUUUUUCCGAAGUGUUUAGCGUCUCUAUAAAUCUCCCAGCCCCACUGCAGCGGGGCUUUCCAGGAGCUGAGCUGCUCAUGGCUGUUGUAGGUCAUUUCGCUUGGUCUUGGGUUUGGUUUUUCUUUCAGCCUGGGCUGGGCUUUGGGUCUGAUGCCACCACUGUUGUGUGUGUGCCUUGCUCCGUUCCUGUGCCUGCACCAAAGCUGCACCUCUGGCACUUGCGACCCCUCCUUGAGGUACCAGGGGAGCAGCCUUAAUACCUCCAGGGCUUGAGGGAUCUGGGGCCUCGCCAGGAGGCAUUACAAGCCUGUAAUGUGCUCAACCCUUUUAUUCCCUCUUCUCUGCCAAACUGCGCCCUGCAUCCCCCAGCGCUGGGUGCUUGCUGCUGUCGUGGGGGUCUCAGAGGCAGGCGGAUGCUCAGGGCUGCCGUGACCCUGCAGGAAUUUGCAGCUGGGAGGACGCCGCUGAGGUCGCAGCCAUGCAAACAGGCCCUGCCUGUUCCCUGCCCUCUUUUACAGCCGGGGCGUUGCCACCCGCAGCGCUUCACAGCUCCCCCAGCCCUCACCAAGCUUCGCCCCAAGGCAAGCUGUGUCCCUGCUGCCCCGGCCCUGCGUGGGCACCAGGGCUUUGUGGGCAGCGCUGUGGGAGCCCCAGCAGGUGCCUGGUGGCCACCAACGUGGUCGGAUUUUGCCUGGGAGCGUUGUGGUGUGGCUGCUCAUCCCCUGGCGAUGUGCUCUGCAUGGCAAACGAGCUGCUGGUGGCCCCGGGGGUUCCUGCUCCACUCCCUUCUCCCCGCUUCCUCUCCUCCUUGAAGGCUUUUCUAGGAAACCGUCGCCUGGAAAUCACGUUGUUAUCAGAUGUGCUCCUAAAAGAGCCCUUUGCAGCAUGGUGGCGUGGCUCAGUGCUUGCGGAGCGCGCGUGCACGCAGAGAUGCUUCUCCGGGGAUUUGGGGCUUCGUCGGCCUCGUGCCACCGGUGCGGCUCCAGUCCCGCGGCAAAUUGCAACGCUGGGGAGAGGUGCAGAGCCCGGGGGCUCCUUCACCCUGAGAGGCCAGCGGGUGAAUGCUGUUGGGUCAGGAAGGGCCAGACCCGUCCCCUGCCCGCACGGCCCCGCAGGGAGGUGGGAAGGAGCCGUGCUGGCUGCCGCCGCCCCGUAACACGCCUGUCUGUCCCCGCAGGAUGGCGGAGCCUCGCUUCAACAACCCCUACUUCUGGCCGCCUCCUCCCACCAUGCCCAGCCAGCUGGACAACCUCGUCCUGAUCAACAAAAUCAAGGAGCAGCUGAUGGCAGAGAAGAUCCGUCCCCCACACCUGCCCCCCACCUCCGUGGCCUCCCAGCAGCCCCUCCUGGUGCCCCCCUCUCCUGCCGAAAGCAGCCAGUCCAUCAUGUCCCUCCCCAAGCUGCAGCAAGUCCCGGGCCUGCACCCGCAAGCUGUCCCCCAGCCCGAUGUGGCCCUGCACGCCCGGCCGGCCACCAGCACUGUCACAGGGUUGGGGCUGGCCUCCCGUGCGCCCGCCGUCAGCACCUCUGAGUCCAGCACAGGCACGGGCACCACCACCCCUUCCACCCCCACCUCCACCAGCCAGAGCCGCCUCAUCGCCUCCUCGCCCACCCUUAUCUCAGGAAUCACCAGCCCGCCCCUCCUCGACUCCAUAAAGACAAUCCAGGGCCACAGCUUGCUGGGGGCACCCAAGACGGAGCGGGGCCGCAAGAAGAUCAAGGCGGAAAACCCUUCGGGGCCGCCCGUCCUUGUGGUUCCCUACCCCAUCCUGGCCUCGGGGGAGACCGCCAAAGAGGGGAAGACGUACAGGUGUAAGGUCUGCCCCUUGACGUUCUUCACCAAGUCGGAGAUGCAGAUCCACUCCAAGUCACACACAGAGGCCAAGCCCCACAAGUGCCCCCACUGCUCCAAAUCGUUCGCCAAUGCCUCUUACCUGGCCCAGCACCUGCGCAUCCACCUGGGCGUGAAGCCCUACCACUGCUCGUACUGCGAGAAGUCCUUCCGCCAGCUGUCCCACCUCCAGCAGCACACCAGAAUUCACACCGGUGACAGACCCUACAAGUGCCCGCACCCCGGCUGCGAAAAGGCGUUCACACAACUCUCCAACCUCCAGUCUCACCAGCGACAGCACAACAAGGACAAGCCCUACAAGUGCCCGAACUGCUACCGGGCAUACACGGACUCGGCCUCGCUGCAGAUCCACCUCUCGGCGCAUGCCAUCAAGCACGCCAAGGCUUACUGCUGCAGCAUGUGCGGUCGCGCCUAUACCUCGGAGACCUAUUUGAUGAAGCACAUGUCCAAACAUACCGUGGUGGAGCACCUCGUGAGCCAGCACUCACCUCAAAGGACGGAGUCCCCCGGCAUCCCCGUGCGAAUCUCACUCAUCUAAGCAGGCUCUGCCCGCUGGCCGCCCUCCCUCCCGGCUCCACUGCCGUCGGGGGCCCUGCGGAGGCCGUGGUGCCACGUCCGGACCCCCCGCUCCGCACCCCCCUGCCCGCCGAGCGGCCCUGGCAGCUUGGCGGGGAGCCGGUGGAUGCGGCCACGCUUUGGAAACGUGCCCGGGCCCCCACGCCCCCGGCCCGGCCCCCGGGGCUGCAGGUUUGGUGACAUCCAAAGACGGUUUCAGAGCACUUUGAAUCUCUGUGUUGUUUUUUUUUUUUUGGGGGGGGGGAGGGGAGGCGAGGGGUCUUCUCCUUUGGUUAGUCCCUGCCCCGUCUCUCAUUUUGGAUACAAAUAUAUAUAUAUAUUUAUUGGCCAAGAAGUUGGUGCUGCUAAAACAGAAAAGGAAAUAAGACACAAAACGAACCGCGGACCAAGAUGAGCGCCGGAUGGCGAACAGGGGCUCGGGCCCCCUGCUGCAGCCCCUUCCUCCCCUGGACUCUCGCUCGGAGCCACGGCUGGAGAGGGGAGCUGGCAGGACGCGGCCGAGCAGGCACGGCAGCAGGACGGGCACCGCGGCGGCCGCUGCCUCCUUGGGACUCUUCGGUUGGUUUUGGUUUUAUUUUUAACAAUGUUUUCCCCUCUGGGCUCUCUCCUCCCACGCUGGACUCCGUUGCCGGGAGCAGAAGAGGCCCCGGCGGACACUGGGUGCGGGGCUGCGUGGCUUUGGGGCGAAGCCGGUGGGGGGGAGCCCCGCUCCUCUGCCGCCCCCGGGGGGCUGGAUGCGGCCCCCCCCCCUCCGCAGGGCGCCGAAGGCAGCGGGAGGGCAGCGCUUUGCCUUGUGCUGGCCCCGGGCGCGUGUACAUAGACCCUUGUAUAGAGCCGGGGGGGGCCCUGCUCCCUGCGGAGAGACUCGACAGAAACUCAUCUAUAUUAUGUACUCUUUGGUUCCGUUUUGGAUAUUAACUGUGUUAUUUUUUUAUACACUUUUUAAGCCUUAACUCAUUGUUUUGCCAGGGUGUUUAUUACCUUCUGUUUAUUAAUUUGAGUUCCCGCAGCCUUUUUCCCCCACCCUGUGUCCAUCCUGCCUCUGGUUCCUUGUUUCCGACUCGAUGUUGUACGAUACUCAAUAUUGUAAUCUUUUUUGUCAGCAUGUUAAUACUGUGUAAAUAUGCCUCUUAUACACACUGUUAACACCCUCCUCCCUUCCCCUGCCCUGUUUUGGGGCUUUUUUUAUUUUCCUCGAUGGAAAUCCAGGCCACACGUCCCUAGAGCUAGUUACUACCUUAUUAAAAAAGGAAAAAAAAAAAAAAAAAAAGUGGGAAAAAAAGAGAAAAUUAAAAAAAAAAAAAACUCCCCCCUCCUCCCUGUCUUGCAUUGUGGUUCACGGAGAAGCUGGGGGGAGGCCGUGGCCUCGCCGGGAGCGUUUGCGGUCUGUUGAAAAAUGAGUGAAACCCCCCAAACUGGCGCCUGUUUUGAAAGAAAAAAAAAAAAAGACGAAUAAAACAAAACAAAACAACAA